AAAAAAAAAAAAAAAAAAAAAAAAAAUUACAGCGAGAAUAUUAAAACGGCGGGCUUUAGUGAGUAUGGCUUAUGAAUAACUGUCAAAAUUCACCUGCCAAAUAGACAACUAAACGAGAAUGGGCAAAUUGAAAAGGAAGAAAUUGACGAAUGCGCUGAACAGAUUACUGAAGAAAAGUGAAAAAAGAAAGAUACAGCAAAUCAAAGCGCAGAAAUAUGAGGAAAACCUUGAUAAAGCAAAGCAGAAUCAGAUUAAACGAAUGAACCCAACUGUUCAUCGUCCUCAUCUGCAAUAUAGCUCCAAAGACCGUAUUCUGUUGAUUGGUGAGGGAAACUUUUCUUUUGCAAGAUCUCUUUGCGAAAACUAUUUAAAAGAAGGCGCUGGUAAUUUGGUAGCCACCUGCUACGAUUCGGAAGAGACUUUAUACGAGAAAUAUGGAGACGAGGCUAAAGAUAAUAUAAAGCUUAUUCAAGAGUAUGAUGGUACAGUCUAUUUCGGCGUAGACUGUACGAAUUUGCCAAAACAUAUUAAAAGGAACAAAUAUACGAAGAUUGUAUUCAAUUUUCCUCAUGCAGGCGCUGGCAUCAAAGAUCAGGAUCGUAAUGUGUUGGCUAAUCAAAAGCUAUUGAAGGCCUUCUUCGAUUCCGUUGAACCGCUCCUCAGCAAAGCAGGAGAAGUACAGGAAGUUUUGAACGUAGCCAAUGAUAAAGAUACUGCAGGCGGUGAUGAACUGAUACCAGAUGGUGAAAUUCAUGUAACACUGAAAACCUGUAAGCCCUACAAUUUGUGGGCAAUCAAAGAGCUAGUAAAAGCAAAAGGAAUCUUAGCAGCCAAAGCAACUCUGCCGUUUUCUCCGGAUGAUUUCCCGGGCUAUGAGCAUCGACGAACUUUAGGAUUCAAAGAAGGCGUUAGUAAAGGCGCCAACGCGGAGAUUUUGGCUUCCAUGCCAAAAACAUUCAUAUUUGUCAGAAAAGAAGUGAUGGACAAACAGAAUCAGGAUGCAUUAAAAGGUGCGCAGAAGAGAAAACUAGAAGAUUUUAAAGCGCAAAUCGGCAAAAAAGUUAAAAGGAAAAUGCUCGAAGAAAGUGAUGAUGAUGAUGAUGAAUAAUUCUUUGUAGAAGCGCUAGCAUUUAUUU